CUGAAGGCAGCAAUAGUUCGAAAAGUAUGGCGGUGGAGUGUUUGACAACAAUAACAGAACAAUGGAUACGGGACAGUUUACAAUUAAAACAUCCCUAUCUAGGUGAUGUCCGCUCACUAAGCCUCCCGGGGACUUACGAGGAGAAGAUCAGACAUCUGGGAAACGCACUGAACAGCUUUGUCCGUCUGAAGUCUCUGGAUCUCUCCUGCAAUGCACUCGUCUAUGUCGAGGGGGUGCAACACUUGAAAAUGCUGGAGAGGCUGAUCCUGUACUAUAACUGCAUACCUUCCCUUGAAGAGGUGAAAGUGUUGUAUGAGCUGUCGGCUUUGAGAGAGCUCGACCUCCGACUCAACCCUCUGACCAAAAGUUACCCAAACUACCGCUCUUAUUUGGUGCAUGCCAUGCCCAACCUACGCAAACUCGAUAGCUGUUCAGUAAGAGACACUGAGCGCAAAGCUGCCAUAAUGCAGUUUUCCUCUGACAUCCCACCUCAGCAGAAGAGCUCCUGUCUACAUCAGAGUGAAGACCAAAGAAGCAGUGACCAGAGACUGGCUUUAGUUGACCGCUUAACCAAGAGGCUCUCUCUUCUGACUGACACUGGUGAUAUUGUAUUGAACUUUGUGAAUCAUGGAGGCCAAAGUGAAACCAUCUCUGAGGUGGCUCAAGAACCCAGAAAGGAAGAAUCAAAAGAUUUUACAGAACAGAGGAGUUCAACUCCUACACAGGAAACAGCUAAAUCCAUCCUCAGGAAUCCCCCCAUACAAUAUGAUAAGAUCAACUCCAAAGUGCAACACAUGAAAGAUCUGUCUCAAAAAAAAAGUUCUACCUCAUUAAAAGCAACUGAAAGACCAAAGGUGUCCUUCGGCCCUAACGUAGAGAAAUGCAGACCUGUGCCUGGAAAACAAAAGGAAGUCCCCAGACAUGUAGCCAAGGGACAUUUCACCCCCAAUCCUGAUCAAAGUCGCCGUUAUAGUUCUUCAUUCAUUAAUAUCCGGCCUCCCAGUCCACAUCGUCCUGGUCUGAAUCUGUCUGACCCCUCUAACCCCAUUUUACAUCCUCCAAGGCUGACCUACUCCAGCUUCAACAAGACAGAAUGGGGCUCCAGCCUGGUGCAGCAAGCAGAAAAGAAAAAAAGGGGUAGUUACAGGAAACCCCUGGAGAUGCUUCUCAGUCUCGUGGACAAACACUGGGCAGGAGAGAGAUCACUGCAUCAUAACAACAACUUCCUGUCUCAAGCAGUCCAGAUCCUCUCUAUGAUGGAAAAUGAUAUUUCCAGCCGGGAGGCUGAGGUCAGAACCUUAAGACGGGAAAAUGAUGCGCUGAGCUUUCAAGCAGCUGCACAAGAGGAAGAGCACAAAACUGAAGUUUGUAACCUUUCUGCUCAACUGGAAGAAGCUCGCAGUGCGGUUGGCAAACUAAAUGAGCAGCUGAGGAUUGUCUUGGAGGAGAAUGUCACUCUACAGAAACAGCUCAUCAAGUUAGAACGACAGUAUCUCAAGUCUAUGAUGAAAAGUUCACCUAUUACUCAGAUCAAAGAGGCUCAGACAGAAGUUGAGGAGCUGAGGAAAGAGAUUGAGGGGCUGAGGGAGAAAGUGCAGGAGGCUGAGAAAGUCGAGGAAUUCUCAAAUAACCUGCAAGAAAGCCACAGGUCCCGGGUGGCUACCAAUGAGUGUUUGCUAGCUGAGCUGAAGGGAAGGGGGGAACAUUAAAGAAGAAUUUGAAGGAGGUGAUGCACACCAGUAUGAAAGUAUCAAAGCAAGACUGCUAAAUGUCAUAUUAGCAUUGCAGUCACUGCUGCAGUCACUACUGCUGGGCCUAAAGUCUGUUUUUAAUUAAUUUUCACUUUAUUUAUAUCACUAAAGUGUACAUUAAAUUUUGGUGUGUAUUAAAUUCCUAGCCCCCUUUGAUAAAUGAAGUGUUUAUUAUUUCAAAAAAUAUGUAUAGGCUUUGUUUGCUGGAUGUAAACAAUAAUGGGGAAAGGCAAUUCAUUCAAGCAAGGUUGUGUAUAAGUGUGUGACAGGGCUGUUAUGUUAACAAAUGAUUUUAGGGGAAAAAAUGUUAGUGAGAGGAUCAUAAUGUAUUUCCUGGAUCACUGGCAAGAUUGUGUCUCCCUUGGCUGUUUUUUUAUUAUUAUUAUUAUUUUUUAGGUCUCCAUCUGCUUUUUAAUUGGAAUGAAUACAUCUAGAUUCCAGCUGCACUGUGACUUUAUUUAUACCACUGCCCUGGGGCUGGAGAGCACACACACGCACUUUUCUCUCACAGACACUAAUGCAAGACCUGGCAAACCCGCUUAGGAUCUGGAUUCUACAUAAACUCAACUGAAUGUAGCUUUUAUUUUUAUGGGAAUGUUUCAGGUCACUGGUCGAUGCUACUGGUAGGAAGUUUCACAGUAUUCCUGAAAAAGCCAAAGAAAAUAUGAAACAUUAUAUUUUGACUGGCACCCCGUAACGUGCUCGCCAGAGGUUCUGGGGUGGUUUUUUUAUUUUCAAUAAAGCACUACAAAUGAUGAACACACAUUAAGAAGUCUAAGGAACAAGAACAAAAACACGCUGCAUGCACCAGGGCACAAUAGUACAUUAAAAGUUAUUUGAAAAAAAAAAAAAAAAA